AUGUUCCUCCAGUUGAUCGCGUACAUGCUGUGUGUGAUCUUGGAGCGGGUAAUUCCCGGUCCCGGGAGCCGCGUGUGGCGUGACAACUGGUUCUGGCGGUUCAUGAAUCCUGGCCCCUUCAACAUAAAGGAGCAUGUAGCGGCGCAGAUCCUGGCUAACACGACAAUCGUCAAAAUCAACGCCGGGAACGCGAUUUUCACCGUCCUCGCAUCUCAGCUUGUUGGCUAUGGGUUUGCGGGCAUGUUCCGCUCGUUCCUCGUGUAUCCCACUAUCAUGCUGUACCCUAUCAACCUGAUCUACGUCAACCUGUUCGACGCGCUGCACCGUGGCAAGGGCAACGUCAUGCGUGGAAAGAGGCUCCGAUUCUUCUGGAUCCUCACGGUCGCCAUUUUCGUGUACGAGUGGUUCCCAGAGUACAUCGCGCCCCUCCUCGGCGCAUUCAACAUCGUCUGCCUCGCGGACCGCAACUCCGAGUGGGUCUCGUACAUCUUCGGCGGUGCCGAGGGAGACGAGGGCAUGGGGCUCCUUGGGUUCGGCGUGGACUGGGCUAACAUCACCAGCGCGCCAUUUUACCUCCCGCUUUCCACGCAGAUUUCUAACUACAUCGGCUGGACGCUGUGCUACCUCAUCCUGCCGCUAGUCUACUACGGCAACGUCUGGUGCGUUCUUGUCGUGCCACAGGUUUCCUCCGGGGGGCUGUCGCGCAGAACUAACGCAAAAUCCCUCGGAUCCGCAGGAAUUCACAGAACUUCCCAUUCAUCUCCCAGAACUUGUGCGUAUUUCCUCCUUGUGCGGUUCCAUAACAUGUACUCAACGCUGGACGAUGAUCCACAGGUUCUGUAUGUCAUUCAUCCGGUGCUCCACUACGCUUUUCUAACCCUUCGGGCAGUCGAAAACGGAACGCUUUACGACCAAAACCUCAUCCUCAACCCCGAUCUCUCGCUCAACGAGACCGCGUUCGAGAUCUACGGCCAGCCCUACCAGUCGGGGUCGAACGUCAUCUACUAUCUCGGCAUGAACAUCGCCAUCGGCGCGACGUUUGUGCACAUCGGUCUGUGGCACGGCCAGGAGCUCUGGGGCGCGUUCAAGGACUACUUCACGGGUAAGCCGAUCGAGGACGCUCACUACAAAAAGAUGCUGGUCUACAAGGAAGUGCCCUUCUGGUGGUACGCCGCCGUCUUCUUGGCUGCGUUCGCGGCCGCAAUGGCGUGCAUUUACACGUCCAAGUCUUCGCUCCCGUGGUGGGCACUCAUCGUCGGCCUUCUCUUUUCCGCGAUCAUGUUACCGUUCAUCGGCGCCAUGUUCGCCAUCACUGGAUUCAAUCCGUACAUGACGCCGCUCUUCCAGAUGAUCGGCGCGGGCCUUGUCCCCGGAUCGUCGCAGGCUAACAUGUAUUUCGAGCUGUACAGCGGCCAGAGUCUCGCUCAGGCGCAGGCGAUGCUGUCAGACCUCAAGCUCGGCCAGUACACCAAGCUUCCGCCCAGGGUGUGCUUCAUCGUGCAGAUCGUCGGCACCAUCAUCGGUGGUAUCUUCAACUAUGUCAUCACACAGGACGUCGUCAACAAUGAACGCACGAUUCUGUUGAGCAACGAGGGAUCACGUACAUGGAGUGGGCAGCAGGUCCAGUCGUACAACGCGCUCGCUGUCAUGUGGGGCGCGAUGGGCCCGAAGAUCUUCGGUCCUAGUGGCACGUACUUCAUCAUUCCGCUUGGCUGUGUCAUCGGUCUCGGUGUGCCCAUCAUCCCAUGGCUGUUGUACAAGCGCUUCCGCUGGGCAUGGUGCAAGGAGCUGAACUUUGCCAUCAUCGCAUACUACAUUGGUGACCUUGCAGGUGGCACUAACGGAUACAUCGACACCUGGAUCGUGGUCGGUCUGUUCUCGCACUUCUACAUCCGUCGGUACCGUGCUGGGUGGUUCAGGAAGUACAACUACUUGCUCGGUGCCGCAGUCGACGGGGGCUCCCAAAUCUUCGUGUUCAUCUACGCCUUCGCUGUUGGCGGUGCCGGCAAUAACACGGUUGCAUUCCCGACCUGGGCCCUCAACCCCGCAGGCAAUGCGGACUACUGCGCAACAACCACGAGCUAG